AUGGCUUAUCAGCAGCAGAAGAAGCCGGUCAGUGCCUCGUACAAGGUCACCACCACCAGUUCUUCCACUUCCGGUUACGAUGGUCACCCCUCGAAGACCUACGUCUCUUACGAUAAGGUGGCGCCCAUUAAUUCGCUGUCGUACAAUCCCGCAGCGGCAGUGUACGACUCCUCACGAUCGCCGCCGUACAUGGUAGGAAAUGACUAUCAGAAAAGUUACUCAGAGCAGCAGUACAGCUACCAGGUGCCCUCGGAGUCGAGCUAUCAGACGAACUACUAUCAGCCACAGCCCCAGCCUCAGCAGCCGUCGUACAGCAAACCGGAAGUGUCGUACAGUAGUAAGCCACAGCAGCAGCAGCAGCCUGCUUAUCAAGCGAAUUCUGCUUAUCAGCAGGCACCUCCGCCACCGCCACCAGCUUAUCAAAAGGCACCUGAAUCAUAUUCAAAGCCUCAGCAGCAGCAGUAUCAGCCGCCACCAAAAACCGAUUAUCAAAAGCCGAAAGCUGAGGCUUAUCAACAGCAGCAGCAACAGCAGCCGCCAAAGGAAUCCUAUUCUGCCCCUACUCCUCCGCCGCCGCCUUAUCAUCAGCAGCACAAGAAGCAGCAGUCGUACACGUCACCAUCCAAGGAGGAAAACGUGAAGAUCAUCUACAAAU